CACAAGAAAUGUCAGCCAGAAAGGGCUAUCUGCUCCCUUCGCCAAAUUAUCCCACAACAAUGUCAUGCUCGGAGAGCCCCGCCGCGAACUCUUUUUUGGUCGACUCGCUCAUCAGCUCCGGCAGAGGCGAGGCUGGCGGCGGCGGCGGUGGCGCCGGGGGCGGAGGCGGCUACUACGCCCACGGCGGGGUCUACCUGCCGCCGGCCGCGGACCUGCCCUACGGGCUGCAGAGCUGCGGGAUCUUCCCGGCUCUGGGAGGCAAGCGCAAUGAUGCGGCGUCGCCGGGCGGUGGUGGCGGCGGUGGCAACGGGGGCCUGGGUGCCGGGGCGCACGGCUACGCGCCCGCGCCGUUAGACCUGUGGCUGGACGCGCCCCGGUCGUGUCGGAUGGAGCCGUCCGAGGGGCCGCCGCCACCGCCACAGCCCCAGCAGCAGCCGCCGCCUCCGCCGCAACCACCCCAGCCCCCGCCGCAGGCCACUUCGUGCUCUUUCGCGCAGAACAUCAAAGAGGAGAGCUCCUACUGCCUCUACGACUCGGCGGACAAAUGCCCCAAAGGCUCGGCAGCCGCUGCCGAGCUGGUCCCCUUCCCGAGGGGCCCGCCACCCGACGGCUGCGCCCUGAGCACCUCCAGCGGGGUGCCAGUGCCCGGCUACUUCCGCCUCUCCCAGGCCUACGGCACGGCCAAGGGCUAUGGCAGCGGCGGCGGCGGCGGCGCGCAGCAGCUCGGCGCCGGCCCGUUCCCCGCUCAGCCCCCCGGGCGCGGCUUCGACCCGCCACCCGUGCUCGCCUCCGGCUCGGCGGAUGCAGCCCGGAAGGAGCGAGCCCUCGAUUCGCCGCCGCCCCCUACGCUGGCUUGCAGUGGCGGCGGCGGGGGCUCGCAGGGCGACGAGGAGGCGCACGCGUCGUCCUCGGCUGCCGAGGAGCUCUCCCCGGCCCCUUCCGAGAGCAGCAAAGCCUCGCCGGAGAAGGACUCCCUGGGCAAUUCCAAAGGUGAAAACGCAGCCAACUGGCUCACUGCAAAAAGUGGCCGGAAGAAGCGUUGCCCCUACACGAAGCACCAGACGCUGGAGCUAGAGAAGGAAUUUCUGUUCAACAUGUACCUUACUCGAGAGCGGCGCCUAGAGAUCAGCCGUAGCGUCCACCUCACGGACAGACAAGUUAAAAUCUGGUUUCAGAACCGUAGGAUGAAACUGAAGAAAAUGAACCGAGAAAACCGGAUUCGAGAACUCACAGCCAACUUUAAUUUUUCCUGAUGAAGCUCCAGGCAACGCCAUUUUUAUUUUUACUUUUUGUUUUUGCGCUUCCAGAGAGCCAUUCUUCUCCCUCUGUCUUCAGCCUCUGCCCAGGAACUCGCACCUGUGCGGGAGCCCCAUUCCUCCCUCCCACACUAGCCAUCUCGCUGGCGUUACAUCUGUGCAGGGCUGGUUUGUUCUGACUUUUUGUUUCUUUGUCUGUUUGCUAGGUGCCGGUUUAUUUGUUGUUUUCUGGGGGAAAAAGCCAUAUCGCUCUAAAAUUCUAUAUAGAUAAAUAUUGUCCUAAGUGUCAAGUGGUGACUGGGGUGGUUUGCUGUCUCUGGAUUCCACUGCUCAAGAUGGCCCCUGUCGUCCCGGUGGAGCUGGUUUCCUGCGGGGGCCCCGGGCAAACCUAGCCGGAAGCCCGAGGUCCCAUUGUAGGCGCUGAGGUGUCUGGCCUGAGGUCAAUGGUGCAAGGAGCUGCCACCCGGCUCGCCCGCCUGGAGUGUUGGGCUGUGUUUAAUCAGGGGAUACAGGCCCCUGGGUUUCUUUUUUCUUUCUUCCUUUCUUCCUUGGCAAAGAGAAGGGCUUAUGGGCAUGGGCAUACAGGUUGGCAAAAGGGCUUGACUUUGGCUGAUUGGAAAAUCGAGAAAGAGUCAGAAAGAUGAAUUUUUCCUUCCUCUGUAAGAUAUCCCAGCUAUAUAAGAAUAAAACAAUGACCAGGACAAGGAAACUUCUCUUCCAGUUUGAGUAAGGUCUUGCAUUGCGGGACUGAAUUAUUUCCCUUACCUCUGAAUUUCUAUAUCCUCUGGCUGUGGAUAAAUAAUCUAAUGUCGUUUUGUUUAUACAUGCAGAUUUAGUGGAUUUUUUGUCAUUAAAUAAUUGUUACCACUGGUAACACACGACAAGCACACCACAAUUCUCCCUAUCUUGCGGAGGGUUUUUUCCUCACUUUUUUCUCUUCUUUUUUCUUUCCAAAAUUCAUGGAAGCCGAGGAGGGCUGGGGCAAGCGGAAUAGACUAGAAAAGGGAGACAUUGUUUGGGUUUCCUUUAUACUGUGAAGUUACAUGCAUAAAAGGGUCAAACCUGUAGGUGCAGAAAAAGAAAAAACCUAUAAAUGCAAAUCUGUAUAAAUGUCUAUUAUUAUGAAAAAUUGCCAAUCUUGUUUUAUGCAAAUGCAUUCUAUCGUUAUUAUAAAUGUUAGUUCUAGCUCUAUUUACUUCUAAUCUUAAAUCAGAAUAAAUUAAUAUUGUAAUGCUGCUGUGCGUGGAAAAAAGACGAUGUUUAUGUUCUUAUAGAAGAAUAAAAGCUGUGGAAUGAAGCUUUUUAAUUUUA